AGGAAGAGGACGAGGAAGAGGACGAAGACGCUUUACUUUUGGUCUAUGGAAGACUGCGCCGAGAAUCGGUUUCAGCAUGACAGUGAGGAAAUGCACGACAUCCUCAGGCAGAUAUCCGAGCUUGUCAAGUGGAGAAAAAUCUUCGAUGACCGCGGGAUGGAACUGCGGAAUUGUAUCACAAAGACGCUUUCUGAGAGGGCUGCACUGGAAGGUGAUGGAGAAGAUGCAGCAGGCAGACAUACUUACUGCACUCAGCGCCACUGCACCCUGCACUCCCUGCCCUGCCUGGUCCCACAAACCUUAGCUGCUUCCCCCAGUUUGGGGGGAGUCCCUGCCAGCCCAGAGCAGGUCAUGAACCUCAGGAAGAUUUUAUUUGGGAAUACCUUUAAUUUCUUCAACUAUGAGUGGAAGAAAUCGGUUUUCCGGUUCAGGGAUCCGCGCUCUGAGCUCUCCUACGCACUGCAAGCGGAAAGGGGUGGACCUGGAGCCGUCCAGAUGGUGGUCCAGGCCAAUAUCAUCAAGUUCCUGCUGUUCACCUGCCAAAGUCAAUGCAAUAGCAACCAGCUGCACAGUCUGGGGGACAAGGAGCAGGAAGAAGCCUUGGCGUCUGCGCUGUCCGACAUCCUGUGGAUGGCAGGAGAGGAGCAGGCCGCCACUGUUACCCUGGUUACCUCCAAGCCCAGCUUUUUCACCCUGCCAGGACAUCAGCUGGACAGCAUCACUGAGAGGUUGCACAUUUUUAGCUUCGUCAGAAAAGAGGACAUGUGGAAGUUCAUCUACGAGCACAUGCAGUGUUUUCAGGAGGAGGGCAGCCAUGGUGUCAUCCUGUUCCUCUAUAGUCUUGUCUUCUCCAGGACCAUUCACAGGUUAAAAGAUGAUCUUGAUUCGACCACCUCACACCUCUUACAUCUCAGUCAGGGAAACUUUGUGUGUCACCAGGCCCUACUGAAUCUCCUGCUUACGGGCCGGGCGAGUCCCAAUGUGUUUAAUGGCACUGUGCAGUUUGAUGAGGCUGGGGCACCACUGCCGCAACCCCUACGGGGGGUGCUGGCACGCAGCGACAUUGGAUAUCUCCAAUGGAGUUGGGAACAGGGGCCACAAACCCCCCUACCUCAGGUGGGUAGCAUGCUGAAGACCCCCAAGUUGCCUGUGUGGGUCUGCUGCAUCAACGGCACCUACGGCAUCCUCUUCAGCCCCAACCGAACGCUGCUCUCCAACUGGAGAACGGAGCACCUAUUCGAGCUGCAUUUCUACAACGGGCAGCCUACUCAAAGGAGAACCGCGGUUCUGACCAUAGACACACACUCACAUCACUGGGAACCUCGGACCACGGAUACCCAGGGGGACCUCGAAAAGAAGUUCCCAUCAGUGGACAUGACCAUCCGGACCAAGUGGGAAGGGGCUGUUAUUGACUGGAAUGGGGUGGUUCCUUUUUUCUGAUCUCUAGUAUGUAAUACAUCUUACAGUAUCACGUGCAAUGUUGGGCAUUUCAGGUUCAGGAACCACAAAUCCAGAGCAAUUGUUUCUACCAACCAGUUCAGCAUAAAUAGCCAGUUACAGAGUACUCAACUGGUUGGUAGAAAUAAAAUCAUGGUCUGGCUUUUGACUUUCUGGAUCUGAAAUGCUCAACACUGAUUACGUGGCAAAACUGUCCCUUUAAUAUUUACUUAAGAUGUCUAUCGCAAGAAUUGUAAAAAAAAAAAUAAUAAAAAAAAGGGUAUUUUAAUGUAAUUUAGUAUGAAUUCAUCUCUGCUUCUAGUAAAACUUCCAGGAACAACUGAAACGAAGCAGUUUAUCCUCUACAAAUUUCCCAAUUUUAUGUUUUUAUUACAUGCUUAAUUAAUACGGACGUACAGAUCAAAACUUAACAUUUUCACUUUGGUGCAGAUUUAAUAUUUCCGACCAACGCGAUGGUAUAUUCAAACUGUUCAAUGCAUUUGUGUUCUGACAAACGUACGUUUCUAUAAUAAAAUAAUUCAAAUGGA